UUAUAUGUCCGACAAUCAAUCAAGAGGUGGUAACCCAAGAAACUUUACCGGCGGCGGCGGAGGUGGCACUACCACCGCCCCUCCUUCCGGCACUAAUUUUCCUAGAAAAGGCGUGAACCGUGGCAUGUUAGGAUCCCCACGUGGUCAACCACCUGGUCAGUACAGUGGUCAACCUAAUGACUCAGAUUCUGAUUUUCAAAAGGGUUUUAAACCUUCUCUACCCACCCCAGUGAUGCAUCACGCCGAAAGAAAGCAUUACGACGUUGGUACGAUAACAAACGAAGAGCAGGACAAGCGAAGACAAUUCCGAGGUAUUCUUUACAAAUUGACUCCACAGAACUUUGAAAAAUUGUUAUAUCAAGUCAAACAAGUCAAUAUUGACAAUGCCGAUACGCUACGUGUUGUUGUUUUACAAAUAUACGAGAAGGCUUUGAUGGAACCGACGUGUGUUCAAAUGUAUGCCAAUUUUUGUUCUCGGUUAUCUGUGGAGCUUCCUGAUUUUAGUGAAAAUAAUGAGAAGAUUACUUUUAAGAAAUUAUUAUUAAAUAAAUGUCAAGACGAAUUUAAAAGAGAAGGUGAGGUUAAGCAGACAGAAGACCAACGAGAUGAGGCGCGAAGACGUAGGGUGGGUAAUAUUAGACUUAUCGGUGAAUUGUACAAGAAAAGACUGUUGACUGAAAGAAUUAUGCAUGAAUGUAUAAAGAAACUCUUAGGAAACAAUCAGACCCCUGAUCCUGAUGAGGAAAAUAUUGAGGUUUUAUGCAAAUUGAUGAGCACUAUAGGUGAGAUGAUCGAUCACCCAAAAGUUAAAGAAGACAUGGAUGUCUAUUUUGAUAUGAUUUUCAAGUUAUCGAAUAAUAUGGAUUUUUCGUCACGAGUAAGGUUCAUGUUAAAAGAUGUAAUUGACCUUAGAAAUAAUAAAUGGCAGCAAAGAAUGAAGGUUGAAGGUCCAGAAAAGAAAUGUAUAGUGCGCAGGGAAGCUGCUCAAGAACGUCAAGGCCAAGCUACUCGAGUCGCCCGUGAACCUACUUCUAACCGAUGGGCUAGAAGGGCUCAGAAGGAGUUUGGACGUAAAGGGUCGAAUGUUUUACCUUCGACCCCUCAAAUGGGUGGUUAUCGUAGAAUGACUCAACAGAUUCGGGCUUAUGGAAAUCCAGGUCCAAGUCUUAACACUUUUGAGAAUAGACCAUGGUCACGAGCCCGAGUGACUAUGCCGCCACAAAGUGGUCCUCUAGACAAGGUCAUGUCUGGAGAGCAGUUACAUGAUAUGUCCAUUAUGAUGAUUAAAGAGUUUUACAGUGCAAGAGAUGUAAAAGAAGUUGUUUUGUGCAUCAGAGAUCUGAAUGCACCCAGUUUCUAUCCAUCGAUGAUAUCCAUUUGGGUCAUCGAUUCUUUUGAGAGGAAAGACGUGGAUCGGGAUUCACUUACUCAACUUCUCAUUAACCUUGCUAAAUCUCAAGACGGUAUUCUAAGUCAGGAUUCACUUGUUAAAGGAUUUGAAUCUGUAUUGUCAACAUUGGAGGAUGCUGUGAAUGAUGCACCAAAAGCUGCAGAGUUUCUUGGUCGCAUCUUUGCAAAAGUGCUUUUAGAAAACGUCAUUUCUUACGCAGAAGUGUGGCGCUUGAUAUAUGCAGGUGGAGAAGAGCAAGGACGACUAGUGGAAAUAGGUCUUGCAGCCGAGGUUCUUGGAGUCAUUUUGGAGAUCAUUAAAUUAGAAAAAGGUGACCCCUUUUUAAAUAAUAUGCGUAUGGGUUCUGAUCUUCGAUUAGAGAACUUCCGUCCUCCAACAAUCAAGAAAACAUUGAGGUUAGAUAAGUUUAUCUAGAUCUAGAUCACAAGUAAAGAUGCUCGUUUUUAUCUUUAGAAGGAUUUAUUGAUAGCAGUUGGUAUAUAUUUUUUAGGAAGGUUGUUUUUAUUUUUCUUUGUCCUAAAUUAUUAUCAACGCUAAAAAGAUUAACUGCAAUCUUUAAAGGUUCAAAUGAGCAUCUAGAUUUUACUUGCUAA